AUGGCAAAAAUUCAAUGGUUUUUGAUAAGAAAACCAAAGAUUUUAUGUUUCAAUUUUAAUCAAAUGUUACUUCGUUUUCGAAUUACAUUUAAAUCUCUAUUUUAUAAUCAUUAUUUGAAUUGGAAUUAUGUAUGUGAUACAUUAUUGGAACCAAUUUUAUGGUUUGUUGAGAAUUUUACAGCUUGUCUUGGCCCAGUAUUUAUAGUAAUGGUCAGUUUGCUAACAAUUUUAAUUGUAUAUAUUGCCUAUUAUAUAGGUUUACCAUAUUGGUGGGAAAAGAGUCCAGAAUUUGCAAUAGUUUUAUUGAUUGUUGGAAACUGGUUGUUAAUUAAUAUCUGCUUUCAUUAUUAUAUGGGAAUUAAUGUACCAGCAGGUUAUCCACCUAAGGGUGGACUCAUACCUGAAGCUGUUAGUAUUUGUAAAAAAUGUAUUAAGCCAAAGCCACCAAGGACACAUCAUUGUUCUAUAUGUAAUAAAUGUAUUCUAAAAAUGGAUCAUCACUGUCCUUGGCUAAAUAAUUGCGUUGGACAUUAUAAUCAUAGAUAUUUCUUCCAAUAUAUGGCAUUUACAGGCUGUGGAAUAAUAUUUCUUAUAAUUUUUGGAGUACAACUAGCAUAUGAAGAAUUUUUUCCUUCUUCAGAAUUAGAAAUUGAUGGUCAUCCUGUACGCAUACAUAAUUCUGAAAUUAUUUCAAUGACUGAAUCAUUAGAUCAUCUAAGUAAAGAAGAAAGAGAAGAGAUAGUCAAACAGGCAGCUGGAAGAAAAGAAAGUGAAUAUAGGCGAAAAUUAAUAAUUUUGGCUGCUCUAAUUUGUACAGCAACACUAACCACAUUAGGGGCUUUGAUAUGGUGGCAUGCUGGUCUAAUUAGCAGAGGAGAAACAAGCAUUGAAGGUCGCAUUAACAGCACUUUGGAAAAGAAAUUCAAAGCACAAGGAAAGAUGUAUAAGAAUCCCUAUGACUUUGGACUAAAAGAAAAUUGGAGACUGUUCCUAGGUUUACAAGACAGAAGAUGGUGGCAUCUUUUAUUUCCAUCAACACAUGGACCAUAUGGUGACGGUCUUAUUUGGAAUACUGCACAUAAUUCAAAAGCAUCUUGACUGUAUAAAUAAAAAAUAAAUUGUAUAAUUAUGA